GGGACGAAAGAGGACCUCAACGCCAAGGAUGAGACGGCCGUGUUGGAUUUCGAGCGGCCACGCUUUUCACACGCAAAGACACCCGAUCUAUCAGCCGACUCGCAGAACGGCAGGCUGACGCCAAACCCCCCCGCCGUUCUGGGUCCGUUUGAUUGGGACGACUUUGAGGCGCGGUACGAAAAGGCUUUGAUGGACGCGGAUGAACAAGAGCGAGAAAUCCUCAAAGAAGCUGAAAGCCUUGCCAAGUAUUUCCAGGUAUGGUCUUCGGCUGCCUCAGCUCAUGACGACGAGCGAGCAGUGAAGCGUUUGCAGACGCGACAACGCUUUGUGAAUAUUUCUGAAGAAAAGAUGGCUCAAAAGCAGCAGCAUUACGAGGAAGUCGUGCGUGCGUUUGAGAGUGCGUUGGCGCUGCUUCGGAUGCAAACCAACGAGCUCUCAUUCAAAGUUCCACAGAUAACUAGUGACGAAUUAUUGGAAUUCCACCAAAGUCACUUUUCAAACGAAGCUGCCGCUGAUUUUGGACAAAGCUUCACAAGUCUUCCACCACAACAAGUCUCCCACGAUCAGCUCUACGGGGAAUGGGGGGAGGAGGAUGAAGAGGAUGACGGUCUCGGCUACUAUGAAGAUGGUGUAAAACGAACUCUCACAGAUGCGCAGAUCGAAAUCUUCAGGCACUCGGAGCUGAGGGAGCUCAAACGACAGCGAGAAAAACAGGCUCAGGCCAAAUCAGGCACGCCACGAGAUGCCUCUGCAAAUGAAACACAUACCGCAUCUCCCCAUGACCCGGGUACCUCCACGAGUUCUCGAAGCAAGAAGAAAAAGAAAAAGAAGUCCAAGGCGGUAAAGCAAGAGCCUAAACCAGAUUUACGGAAGCGAACCUGGGACGUUGUUGAAGCUGGGCUCGAUUCCCUCGACUACGAUUAA